CGCUCGCCGCAGCCUGGGCUCCUCCUUCGUCCAGCCUCCAGGGCGGGAUCUGUUGGCUCGCCCUACCCUCGCUGCCUAAGCCUGCCCUCCACCAGACGGGUCCCCUCCCGGCGGCACCACGGCUUCCCUUCAACAGCACGGCGACGGGGGCUUCCCCUCAGCAGCUGCCGGCGCCUCAGUCUCCGCAGCUAGCCAAGCUCCGCUGCGUCCACGGCCGGCAGCCGCCAUGCAGUUUAUGUUGCUUUUUAGUCGCCAGGGAAAGCUGCGACUGCAGAAAUGGUAUGUCCCACUGUCAGACAAAGAAAAGAAGAAGAUCACAAGAGAACUUGUUCAAACCGUUUUAGCACGGAAACCCAAGAUGUGCAGCUUCCUUGAGUGGAGAGAUCUGAAGAUUGUUUAUAAAAGAUAUGCCAGUCUAUAUUUUUGCUGUGCUAUUGAAGAUCAGGACAAUGAACUGAUUACCCUGGAAAUAAUCCAUCGUUAUGUGGAAUUACUUGACAAGUAUUUUGGCAGUGUGUGUGAACUUGAUAUCAUCUUUAAUUUUGAGAAGGCCUAUUUUAUUUUGGAUGAAUUUCUUUUGGGAGGAGAAGUUCAGGAAACAUCCAAGAAAAAUGUCCUAAAAGCAAUUGAGCAGGCUGAUCUCCUGCAGGAGCCACGCCAUGAAUAUUUUAAUGUCCCUGUGUACUAAUGACUGCUCAUCGACUAUGCAGAGUUUCACAGAGGAAAUAGAAAACUGAUAUACUUAUGAAAGAAAAUGUCCUCAGCUUGGUGACUAAUUCUCCUGUAAAAUAAUAUAGCAUCUUAGAGCUAGUACCUUUAUGAUUGUAUUUUUCUGUGCCUAAUCCUAAUUCUAUUUAUUCUGUAUAUGAUAUUGACAUAGUUUUUUUUCUGUCUGCUACUGAUUUUUUGACAAAAUAUGACUUGUGAAUGUUUUGAUUAAUAUUCUGAACACAUACAAGUUAUCAUUAGUAAAUCAUCAGUGAUUAAUCUUAUGAGAGUAGAAGAGAAAGACCUAGAACAAUCACAAAUGUUUACCAAAGAAAAUACAGUUAGGAGCUCAGGCAAAAUUAGGAGAACCAUAAUAUUUAAUGUAAUUUGAUCUUCCACUGUUGAAGAAAACCAAGCUUUAUUUAGCAUUAAGAUUAUUUUACAGUCUGUAUGAGUUAAUAUGUUGGACUGUAUCACAUAAAAAUGUAUGUUGAAGCAAUAUAAGAAAAAUACAUUGUAUAAUUCUCUAAAAUCUAAGGUUAAAACAUUUCAAUUUUUAAGAAAUUUUAUAUUGCCAGUAUUUAUUAAGCCACAUUUGUGCAGUGUCAAAAGUCCCUUAAGAACUAUCAGAAAGCUAUGUCACAAUGUCUCCUGAAUUGUUGCUCAGUAACAGCCCUUGAGUCAGUAAUCCUGAGCCUACUUAUGUGAUACAAAAAUUCUGAUAUUCAUUUUCAAUAUCCAAACAUUUCUAUUUUGUUAGUGGCUUCCUAAUUUAUUAAGCCUUCUUCUAAACACUCAGUGCUCUAUUAAUGGUGGUUGUAUAUUUUGGAAUACUAAAAACUUUUAAUAUUAAUUUUAUAAAAAUAUGCUCUUAAUAAUAUUUAGCAGAUUUUACUAUAAAAAUACCAGAUAACUCAUAUGUCUAUUUAGAGAGUUUAAAGCCUAAGUAAAUUGUUACUAAACAAUAACUUAAGAGGCAUGGUAGUGCAUGUCUGUCAUCUUAGCCCUUGGGAGGCUGAUGCAGGAGGAAGAUGAGUUAUUAUAGUACUUUAGGCAUCCCUAACUCAAAAGACAAAAUCUAAAUAUGCCAAAAACUCUAGUAACUUCAGAAGGUACCCAAACCAGUUUCCCACCAAAAGAUUUAUAAAAUGUCUUAAGAAAUGUAGUGUUAGGCAGCUGUAUAGCUCAUCUCUCUCCAUUACCAUCUGAAACUUCACAAAACAUUGGUCUUUCAUUUCCAUUUUUUCCCAUCCUCCCACACUACAUGUUGUUCAUCUUAUUUUAAUGUUGCAUAAAUAUGCAUUGUCUCAUGCCUGUUUGUUUUGGAUGCUGUGUGCUGAGCUGUAACAAAUGUUGUGCUUUUGUGAGGGGGAGGGGGUAUCUGUAUACAGCUGCUUGCUUUAAAUUAGCAGAUUCUGAAAUAGCUUUUCUUGCAUGUCUAAAAUAAAGUAUUGCAUGUACUUUGU